AUGAAGGCCUUACUGCUUGCUCUUUUGCCUUUGUUGGCUGCUAUGCCAGCAGAUGUCAGAGUUGAUAGACCAUCUUACACCAUUCCAUAUAGUGAUCCAAUUGCGAGAAAGAAGCUCAUCUAUUCGUCUGGAGCUGCCUACGGAACUAACCCACAACAGUGUCUUGACAAAGUGUUCACUGGAGCUACAGUGAAACGCAUUGUUCAAGUGCGAUGCGACGACAGCCCAACCGACAAAUGUGUCGGAUACACUGCCGUCAGUCCACAAGACAAGGCUAUCCUCAUUGUGUUCCGUGGAACAACCAACAAUGUUCAACUCAUCAUGGAGGGACUUGAGACCGUCUUCACCUACCACACGCCGUGGGUUGCUGGAGGAAAUGUCUCAACAUACUUCGACACUGGAUUCAUGAACCUCUGGAACGGUGGAAUCAAGGAUGACUUCAACGCUCUCGCCGCUCAAUAUCCAGGAUAUCAAGUCUGGAUUACCGGACACUCUCUUGGAGGAGCGAUGGCUUCUCUUGCCGCUUCCUACAUCACCUACAACAAGAUCUAUGACACCAAGAACGUGCAACUCGUCACAUUCGGAGAACCACGUGUUGGAGAUGGCAACUACGUCAAGGCUUUCGACAAAACUGUGUUGAAUGCCUUCCGCGUGACGCACGCCAGAGAUCCAGUCCCACAUCUUCCAAAGAAGAACAUGCAAGGAUACCUCCAUCACCGUGCUGAGGUUUACUACAAAGAGAAGAUGACCAAGUACUUGAUCUGCGAUGACGUUGACGAAAGCUCCUUCUGCUCCAACGGAAACAUUCUCCCAGACGCCAGCAUCAAGGACCAUCUGAAUUACUUCAACGAGAACGUCAGUAAUUUGGGAUACACCAACUGCGCCGGAAAGUAA